AUGGUUCUGCCGGCGUUCUUUGGGCCAAGGCAGAAUGCCGCCGAGCAUUCAUCAUCGAUCACUGAUGUCGAGGACGACGUGCAAACGCACGAAAUCAGGCCUGUAUACCUAACAGAUCAUCAGCGUAAACUGCUCAAGUUUUAUCAGUCAGGGGACAUCGUGGGCCUUUUGAAGGCAAUUGGGAAGGCCGAAAAGCGCUCGGCGAUGAGCGAGAAGUCCUCACGUCUCCUCAAUACCAAUCUAUGGCCAACCGUGGCCACAUAUCUGCUCAUGCAGCCCGCUCAGCCUCCACUGGAGAGCCUGCUGGACAUGACGCUGCCCCAGCGCUCAGUCAAAGCUCGGGGAGAUCAGCUCCACCACACGAAUCGGACCCCCGCCGGCUGUUUGCGUCGACCGGGCAGGCCAGACCAGUGGAAGGGCAAGAAAGAUCCAGUCGUCUACGUGCAAAGCCUGGCCGACAGAGAUGGUUGUGGUCUGACGUGCGAUGAGUUUGAGCGAUUUCUGGACGCAAUGAUCGUGGGCGCGAAGAUCAAAGAAGACGAAAACGGAAAUUUCGUCGUACGCAACAGGAGUCUUGUGCUGGGUGUCGUCCAGGGGCAUUACAGGUACCAGAACAAGCACUUCUACGAAAGCCUGGGAAAGAACACGGACAACAGCUUGCAGAUCUUGCAAGAACGUGUCUCUGAGUUUGUCAAGGUCAAUCGCCAGAUCCUUGCCGAUGCGCGUGAGCAGGAACUGGACCACAUCAUGCCCAAGUUCGAGGUCGGCUGGAGUGGCAAGGGUUACCAAAGAUGCGAAGACCACCGAAAGCUGAUUCCACUGGGAGGGUCGCCAAAUCUCAUGCGCCUAGCGAUAUUAGUGCUGCAGCAUUUGCAUCAUGAUCGAGAUUUUCAGUAUCAUCAGUUCGUCCUGUUUGAUGUCAUACGAGACGUGCAGGCAGAGGUGGGCGAGAGCCUCGCAUCCCAGCUAUGCUGCUCGUACGAAACGUAUGGGGGCUUCAACGCUGCCCAGGCCGGUGCUUCGGUUUUGUCUGCCAAAGAGAUGGAGUAUAGGGACUGGGCCGAGGUGGAGAGAGACACAACUCGGCAAAACUUUCUUGGCAAUGUCAAGGAAAAUCUUCGGCGAAUGGAAGAGUUGUACGAGGAAGAGCUGUCUCGCGAUGCAGAGUAUCACAAGAGACAGAAGGUGGAAAGCCGCCUCCGAGAUGGCGCAAAGGAACAGGAAUACCUUGACGUUCAGCUGAAGGCUGGAAUGAGUGAGAUGGAGUCGGCGACGGCGAGUCUCGACGAUCGGAUCUCUCGGUUGCGACGGGCAAUGGAAGCGCGACAACAGCGGGAGCAUGAUCGCGAAGAAUGGGAGCAGGCCCUCAUGGAAGUGGCCGAAGCUCUCGAGGAAGACUGA